AUGGCUGUCCGUAUGUCGACAGGGACAAGUUUGUCCCUCGUCAUCCUCAUGACGACAUUAGCGAAAAUGGUCAACGGACAUGAUCAUCACGGCGACAGCAAAAUUCCAGAGGGGCAGACGGUCUCCCUGGAACCACUGGUUAGUCCUCGAACCCAUCGUGACGACGAUGCGUACGAAGACACGACGUUAUGGAUUCACAUCUUCAUCAACAUGUUUGCUUAUGGUGUGAUCUUCCCUAUUGGCAUGGUGCUAGGAAUAACCAAAUCUCGCUGGCACGUUCCCACUCAAGUCUUCGGCUCGGCUCUUGCCCUUUUGGGCUUCUUUUUGGGCCAUGCCCACGGCGGACGAGAAUUCGUUGGCCACAACAUCCACUCGAUUUUUGCGAAUAUCCUACAGCUUCUCUUGAUCGGUCAGGUGGUUCUUGGCCUUUACCUGAAGGGACACUGGGAGAAGGGACUGAACGGCAAGAUCAGAAAACUUAUUCGGCCAUGCCAUUCCAUUAUUGGAAAGGCGAUGCCCUUAUUGUCAUGGGCACAAAUGGUCUUUGGUGGAAUUACGGCUCUUGGAUUCUGCCAGGGUGAGCAUGUUGGGCAGUGCGCUGCCCACUUCAUUAUGGGAGGCGCCUUUAUUGCAUAUGGCGUCAUUUUGACCAUCAUACUUGUUGUUGGCCAGGUCUGGAUGCAGCGUAGUGGACGGUCUCAAGAAUUCUUUGAUAGCGCUGUUAUUGCAGCCUGGGGUUGCGUCAACACUUUCACUGAACAUCGAUGGGGCACCGCUUGGGUCAAGAAUGACUGGCAGCACACAACCAUGGGAGUUAUCUGGUGGUGUGCUGGCCUGGCGGGCAUGUGGCUCAGCAAGGAUCGUGACGGUAACCCCAAGCGCAACUUCAUUCCUGGCUUCGUCAUCUUCAUUACCGGCUGGGCUAUGUCGGCGCAUCCCCAGGAACUGAUGGUCAGCGCCAUGACACACAGCACUUUUGGCAAGACUUUGAUGGCUGCUGGACUCACUCGGAUCAUUGAAAUUGCUUUCGUCUUGAAGGACAAGCAAUCCCUCUCGGAGAGUGGGCGAUCUUGGAAUAGCUUCCAGUACAUUCCUGUAUUCCUCUUGUACGCUGCUGGCUUCUUGUUCAUGGGUGCCACCGAGGAACAGAUGAAUCUCGUUGCACAAUCCAGCAUGGACGGUGUCUCAUACAUCUUGAUCCUGUUCUCUCUUGCCUUCCUUGUCUUUUUAUUCGCAAACAUGCUCAUCCACCUUUAUGAUCGACUCGCCAACCCUGCCAUCAAUACGAAAGACCUUGGCAACGGACACUUGCAUGCCAAUGGCCGCGCUGUUGAGGAGGGUCAGCUGAGAGAUGCUGAAGAAUUCGAGCUUGACGGCCUCAUGAGUGACGAGGAGGGUGACGAGGGUAGGGCUAUGCUAAGAAGAAGCUUGGAUCGUCCCAGCAUUGACACCCCAAGCACUCUUGGUAAGAAUAACCACACACGGGCGUAG